CCUCCUCCUCCUCCUCAGGAUGAAGGCGAGAAAAAAUACCAAACGGGCGCCAAGCUUUCGGAAGCUGCUGAAAACCAGUAAAGUUAAACUUGACAACAAGCUGAAAAACAAGCAGUAUAAACAGCAAAGCACCGCCAAGAGGUACCGGAAGGAGCAAAGGAAACUAAGACAAGCCGUCAAAGAUGCUAUCUCCAAGAAGCCCGUACCUGAAGAAAGCCUAAAGAAGAAGCAGGCAGCGCAGACAACUAAGAAUGAAGAAGAUAAUGACGCUCUUCCUUUGGAUAUGUUGGAUGAAGAUGACAUGCAGUUGAUGGACGAUUUGGCUCAAAGAACAUCCUUUCUGAUGAGAGAUCUUUCUUCACUUGAGCCUGUUCAUUCCAAGAAACGGAAGAAAGAGGAUGUUAUUGACAAAUAUGAGAAAAUGCCAAGGCGCCUGGCAACUGAACCAGAAAAAGAUCUGAUCCACUUGCUUCCUAUUAAAGACAAGAAUAGAAUUAUUCCACAGACCAGGGAGAAACCAGUUAUCAUUGAAGAAAGCAUUGAGAAGCAGGAAGUUCAGAUUGAAGAAGUGGUAAUUGGUGAUCUCAGACCUAUGCUGACCACAGAAGAAUUGUUGACUGAGAGACGUGAGAAGCUGCGAGAGAAGAAAGUUCACAUUGCAGCCCUGGCAUCUGCCAUCCUGUCUGAUCCAGAAAACAAUAUUAAAAAACUGAAGGAGUUGCGUGCCAUGUUGAUUGAACAGGAUCCAAGUGUAGCUGUGAUUGUGCGAAAGUUGGUAAUGCUUUCUCUGAUGGAGAUAUUUAAAGACAUCACCCCUUCAUACAAAAUUCGACCUCUAACAGAAGCAGAAAGAUCAUCCAAGGUUCGGAAAGAAACUCAGAGACUAAGGGAAUUUGAAGAAGGCCUAGUUAGCCAGUACAGGUUCUAUUUGGAAAAUCUGGAGCAAAUAAUUAAAGACUGGAAACAAAGGAAGUUGAAAAAAAGUAAUGUGAUCUCCUUGAAGGCAUACAAAGGUUUGGCAGAAGUUGCAAUCCAGAGUUUGUGUGAGCUACUGGUGGCCCUGGCUCAUUUUAACUUCCACAAUAAUAUCAUUGUAUUGAUCGUUCCUCUUAUGAAUGAUACUUCAAAAUCGAUUUCUGAAAUGUGUUGUGAGGCAGUGAAGAAGCUUUUUAAACAAGACAAAGUGGGUCAUGCCUCUCUUGGCGUUGUUAAGGUCAUCUCUGGUUUUGUGAAGAGCAGAAAUUAUGAUGUUCGGCCAGAGAUGCUAAGGGUAUUUCUAUGCUUAAGAAUAAAGGAAGUAGAAGUAAAAACAGACACAGAAGCUAUUACUGCAAAGCAAAAGCUCAUGUCUUACAAGGAGAAGAGAAAAAAUUUGUCAAGAAUGCAAAGAAAGUGGAAGAAAGCGGAAGAGAAACUAGAGAGAGAACUGCUGGAAGCAGAAGCGUCGGAGAGUGCGGAGAAGAAACUGAAAGUGCACACAGAAACAUUGAAUAUGGUGUUCCUAACUUUCUUCCGAAUAAUGAAGAAGGCCCAGAAAUCAGCUCUCCUCCCAGCAGUGCUAGAAGGUCUUGCCAAGUUUGCUCAUCUCAUAAAUGUGGAAUUUUUUGAUGAUUUGCUUAUGGUUCUACACACUCUGAUUGAAUCUGGUGAUAUAAGCUACAGAGAAAGCCUUCAUUGUGUUCAAACUGCUUUUCAUAUUCUCUCUGGCCAAGGUGAUGUGCUAAAUAUUGAUCCUCUGAAGUUCUAUACUCACCUGUACAAAACAUUGUUUAAGCUACAUGCAGGUGCUUCUAAUGAUGAUGUCGGAGUUGUGCUCCAGUGUUUGGAUGCCAUGCUAACCAAACGCCGAAAGCAGGUUUCACAGCAGCGAGCCCUGGCAUUCCUAAAGCGCCUUUCCACUCUAGCUCUCCAUGUCCUCCCCAAUUCCAGCAUUGGCAUUUUGGCUACCAGUAGAGUAAUGCUGCAUGUUUUCCCAAAGACCGAUCUCUUGUUUGACAAUGAAUCUCAAGGGAGUGGUGUUUAUCUUCCAGAGCUGGAUGAGCCCGAAUACUGCAAUGCUCAGAACACUGCUCUAUGGGAAUUAUAUGCAUUGCAGAGACACUACCACCCAGUGGUGCAGAAAUUUGCAGCCCACUUGAUUGCUGGGGCUCCAUCGGAAGGCUCUGAAGCGCUCAACCCAGACUUGAGUCGGAGGAUGGCUACUGAACUUUUUGAGACUUACAGUAUGAAGGACAUGACAUUUAAUCCUUCAGUUCCCUCAUUUCCCCCCAAAAAGAAGCGGCAAGGCGUUGUUCUUUCGGGGAAAGACAUGCUAAAACAUUAUGGAGCAUCAGAAUGCUAAGAGGUGAGACACAACAUGACAGCUGAGCGAAUCUACCAGGAACCCCCGUCUUCCUGCCGUGACCUCCAGGGCCCACAGUGUCCCCCUCUUCUAGAUCUCUCUGUUGCCUCCCUGCGACUCCAGCCUGCUCUCCUCCACGUCAACGAGGAACCUCCAUCCCUACCUGCUGUGCACCACCCUCCCAGGAUGGAGAAGAGCAGCCACAGCUUGCAGUCACUUCUGCCAAUCCUCAGGAAGACCAGCAGGCUGCUGGAGCAGCCACUGUGGCCGCCAUUGUGUCUGUGGAAUCUGAGCUGCAAGGAGCCUGAAAUCUGCUCCUCCUGCCACUGCACCCUUUGGAUGUUUGUUUUAGUCUUUAUGUUGUCUUAGUGUUUUCUUCUAUUUCUUCUUAUGUAUCUGUAACCAUUCUCCUCUCCCCAACUUUAUAUUUUUAGAUCAUGAGCCCCCUGAGGGCCUGGGACUGUGUCUAAUUCCCACCGGAAUAUUCUUUCCCAGUUCUUAAGACAAAGCACUGCACACAGUAAGCACUUAAUAAAUACUUUGAA